UCAGGGAGCUGCGGCGGCUGACGGACCGCGCCGCGCCGUUCCCCAGGGAGGUGGCGCAGCGGGUGCUGCGCGAGGAGUGGGGCUCCGCGGCCUCGGGCGCGCGGGCGGCCGCCGCCGCGGCCUGCGCGGUGGCGGUGCCCGACCUGCCCGCCGCGGCCGCCUCGCUGUGCCAGGUGUACCGCGUGCGCCUCAAAGGCUGGGGCGUUGUGGCGGUCAAGGUCCAGCGCCCCGACAUCCGGGGGCGCGUGUGCGCCGACCUGUACCUGCUGCGGCACGCGGCGCGGGCGGCGGACGGCCUCCUGGGCACGGGCGGCGGCGCGCGGGCCGCGGCGGACGAGUACGGCCGCAGGCUCGUGGACGAGCUGGACUUCCGCCGCGAGGCGCGCGCCGCGAGCGCCUUCGCGGCGGACGCCGCGCGGCUCGGCCUCCCCGCCACGUGCGCCGCAGUGGCGCCCGUGACGCAGCUGACGACGAGGCGCGUGCUGGUCUCCCCGUGGGCGCAGGGCGAGUCGCUGGGGGCGGUGGCCGCGCGCGACCCCGCCGAGGCGCGGCGCCUGCAGUCUGUGGCCGUGGGCGCGUUCAUGGCGAUGCUGCUUGAGACGGGGCGCCUCCACGCAGAUCCGCACGCGGGCAACCUGCUCCGCGCCCCAGACGGCCGCCUGCUCAUCCUGGACUGGGGCCUGGUCGCGCCGGUCCCGGCGGCCACCCGCCGCCGCCUGCGCGCGUACGUGGUCCACGUGCUGUCGGGGGACUUCGAGGCGGUGCCCUCCGACCUCGCCGCCCUGGGCUUCGUCGCGGCCGGCAAGGAGGGCGCCCUGCGGGACGCCGAGGUGGCCCAGGCGAUCGCGGGGGCGUUCCGGCGGCUGGCGUCUGGGGGCGGCGCCCGGCAGCGCGUCGAGGACGUCUUCCCUGCGCUGGCGGCAGUGCGGCAGCGGCACGGCAACGUCGGCCAGGUCCCCGCCUCCUUCGUGUAUAUCCUGCGCACCUUCGGCAUCCUGGAGGGCCUCGGCCUGAGCCUGGACCCGGGGUACCGCAUCGUGGACGACUGCCUCCCGUACGUGGCCUCCUGGCUCACGCGCGCCCGCGAGGACGAGGCGGUGCCAGCCUUCCGGGGGCUGCUCUACGGGGCGAACGCCCACCGCAGGCACCCCGUGCCCGACGCCGCGCAGGUGGUGGCGCUCGCGAGCGGACUGGCCGCGGCGCUGCAGCCGCUGCCGGGCGCCCCCGGCGGCGCGGCGCUGCCGGAGCUGCUGCGGCGCGUGCUGGAGGCGACGCCCCUCUGCGACGCGCUGCUCUGGGAGGUGGCGCGGGCCGCGGACGUGCUCGCGCGGGAGGCGCUGGAGGCGGUCGUGGGCCCGCGCGCGGCCCAGCAGGCGGGCCUGGCGCGCACGCCGGAGGACCGCGCCGUGGUCGCCUCCGCACGAAGGCUCGCGGGGCUGCUGGCCACGGCCCUCCCGCGCCGGGAGGCAGAGGAGCUUCUCGAGCGCGCUCUGGCGGCGGCGCUGGGAGGUGGCGGCGGCGCGGCCGCAGCAGCGCUGCUCGGCGCCGGCCGGCCCG